AAAAUGCCCAAGUCACACCCAGUUCAGUAUUCAGAAUUUCUUCAGUGUCUCAGCAUACAGGUUCAGCUCGACAGCCGGAACAGAAUAAACCAAGUCAAGCAACAACAUAUUUGAGGUGUCAUUCACAGAGGCCAGAGUCAUGAGUUGGCUUAAGAAUUUGUUUGGUCUUGGCCAAAAAACUCCAAGCCCAGACCCAGAUCCUGUAUUUGAUAGUCCAUGGCGGCCAGUGGCAUGGAGUGAAAAUAAGAAGAAUGAGAUGUUGAGAUCCCUGAAGGAUUUCCAGCCAGGUACUGCAGAAGUCAGUGAGAUUAAGAUUCUGCUUCAUGGCCCAAUCGGAGCAGGAAAAUCGAGCUUUAUCAACGCCGUCAACACUGUCCUCCAAGGAUACAACGCCACUGGUGCAUUGGCAGAUUCAUCAGGUGGUCAAAGUCACAGCUUCACUCAGGAGUUUAAAAUUCACAGGCUGAAGAAAGAUAGGCCUGGAACUUUCUAUCCAUUCACCUUUUCUGACAUCAUGGGUCUGGAACCAGACAAGUUAAAAGGAGUGCAGACUGAAGAUAUCAUUAAAAUAUUCAAGGGCCAUGUCAAAAGUGGUUACACUUUUAACCCUGUAAGAUCAAUUGAUGAAGACCAUCUAAAGUAUAACCAUAAUCCCACCCUGGAAGACAAAGUGCACUGUCUGGUGAGUGUUCUACCAGCGGACACAAUCUCCCGCAUCAGUGAGGAAGUUAUCCAGAAAAUGAGAGCUGUUCGGGAAAAGGCAAGGGACUUAGGGAUUCCUCAAGUUGUCAUCAUGUCACUGGUUGACAAAGCAUGUCCCCUUGUUAACAAGAAUCUGGAGAAGAUCUACACCAGCAAAAAAAUCAAACAGAAGAUGGAAGAGUGCAGUGUUAAACUGGGAGUCCCGAUGAACUGCAUCUUUCCUGUGAGGAACUACCAUGAGCAGGUUACCAACGACUUGCACAUGGAUAUUCUGAUUCUCAUGGCAAUCACUAAUAUGAUUAGAUUUGCCAAUGACUAUGUUGAAGACCAGGUUUACAAUGAAUAAAUUCCCCAUGUGUCUUGUUUAAUCUCCAACAUGCAACUAGAUUGUUUCAGGAAUUCACAGAGGUUUACUAAUGGCCCUUUUCCACUACCCUUUUUCAGCUCACUUCAGCUCGCUUCAGCCCGACACGGCUCGCGUUUCGACUACCAAUAACCAGUACGACUCAGCUUGCUUCAGCCCUGCUUAGCCCCUAAAACUCGCACCGUUUUGGAGUAGGGCUCAAGCGAGCCAAAGCGAGCCGAGUGAGGCUGGGGGUGUGAGCAGACACUCCCCUGUGCACUGAUUGGUGAGGAGGAGUGUCCUCACAUGCCCACACACGCCCCGCGAGCGCGCUGGGAUCUGUAAACACCGCAAACCCAGAAGGAGAAGAAUUACAAAUUACGAGAAUUUCUGAAGCCUUAUGCUACAAUCCUGUCACAGUCCUGACACAAACGUGAUAGUCCUUUUACAGUCCUGACACAAACAUGAUACGGUCCUGACACAGUCCUUACACAAACCUUAUGGUCCUGAUACAGUCCUGACACAAAUCUGAUACAGUCCUGCUAUAGUCCUGCUAUAGACCUGAUAGUCCUGAUACAGUCCUGACACAGUCCUGACAUUAACCUGAUAGUCCUGACACAAACCUGAUACAGUCCUUCCACAGUCCUGACACAGACCUGAUACAGUCCUGCCAAAGACCUGACACAAACCUGAUAGUCCUGAUAGAGUCCUGACAAAAAUCUGAUACAGUCCUGCCACAAGCCUGAUGGUCCUGAUACAGGCAUGACACAAACCUGAUACAGUCCUUCCACAAUCCUGACAUGGAACUGAUAGUACUGAUACAGUCCUGACACAAACCUAAUACAGUCCUGUCACAAAGCUGAUACAAUGCUGUCACAAUUCUGACACAAACUGAUAGUCCUGAUACAGUCCUGACACAAAGCUGAUACAGUCCUGACACAAACCUUUUAGUCCUGAUCAGUCCUGACACAAACCUGAUUCAAUCCUGCCACAGUCCUGACACAAACCUAAUACAGUCCUGUUACAGUCCUGACACAAACCUGUUAGUCCUGAUACAGUCCUGACACAAACCUGAUAGUCCUGCCACAGUCCUGACACAAACCUGAUACAGUCCUGACACAAAGCUGAUACAAUCCCUUCACAGUCCUGACACAAACUGAUAGUCCUGAUACAGUCCUGUCACAGUCCUGACACAAACCUGAUACAGUCCUGACACAAACCUGAUACAGUCCUGACACAAAGCUGAUACAAUCCUGUCACAGUCCUGACACACACUGAUAGUCCUGAUACAGUCCUGACACAAACCUGAUACAGUCCUGACAAACCUGAUGCACUCCUUUCACAUACCUGAUAUUCCUGAUGCAGUCCUGACACAGACCUGAUAGUCCUGCCACAGUCCUGACACAAACCUGAUACAGUCCUGACACAAAGCUGAUCCAAUCCCUUCACAGUCCUGACACAAACUGAUAGUCCUGAUACAGUCCUGUCACAAACCUGAUACAGUCCUGUCACAGUCCUGACACAAACCUGUUAGUCCUGAUACAGUCCUGACACAAACCUGAUAGUCCUGCCACAGUCCUGACACAAACCUGAUACAGUCCUGACACAAAGCUGAUACAAUCCCUUCACAGUCCUGACACAAACUGAUAGUCCUGAUACAGUCCUGUCACAGUCCUGACACAAACCUGAUACAGUCCUGACACAAAGCUGAUACAAUCCUGUCACAGUCCUGACACACACUGAUAGUCCUGAUACAGUCCUGACACAAACCUGAUACAGUCCUGACAAACCUGAUGCACUCCUUUCACAUACCUGAUAUUCCUGAUGCAGUCCUGACACAGACCUGAUACCGUCCUGUCACAUACCUGAUAGUCCUGAUCCAGUCCUGACACAGACCUCUCACAGUCCUGACACAAACCUGAUAGUCCUGAUACCAUCCUGACACAAACCUGAUAGUCCUGAUACGGUCCUGACACAAACCUGGUACAGUCCUUUCACAUGCCUGAUAUUCCCGAUACAGUCCUGACACAAACCUGAUAGUCCUGAUACAGUCCUGACACAGACCUGAUAGUCCUGACACAUUAAUGAUUCAGUCAUGACAGAGCCCUGACACAGACCUGAUGUCAGCUCUACUCUUUCCCAUCUUUUGUUAUCCCCUCACUCACUACAUUUACAUGCACAUAGAGAGAAUCGAAUUUCUGCCGUUGCUCGACUGAAAUCGAAGUUCAAAAUGCCAUGUAUACACCUUAAUUCGGCUGAAAUUGAACCGAACUUGAUUUCUCGGAAUCGAGCUACACGACCUAGUUUAUGCGAUUUCUGCCGAGCUACUUUGUGCAUGUAUACCCUAUCCAGCUAGUUGUCGAGCUACUUCCGGAAGUGACGAGUGACGAGACCACAAGCGGGGAAACACAACAGCCUCGGUCGGCAUGACAACGAAUCAUGACAACGGCAUGAAUCUUUUCUUUUUGUGGCAUUGUUUGCACUGUUAAAAUUUAGCUCACUUACUGUAUCACCAAAUACAUCUGUACAGCUGUUGCAUAGCUGUGAAUUGUGUACAUAAACAAGUCAUUGUAUUUGUGUGUAUAUAUAUGUCCAACAUCUGAAGAAUGUCAAU